UGUGCCACACUGGUUUUUGGAUAGCUUGCCAAAUGUCAAUUCUUCAAAAAAUAAGAGAAAAAUACACCAGUUCAUUCUAUUGUGUUGCUACUUAAGUGGGAUCUAAUACCACAUAAAUGACAUUUGGGUUCGUUGUAUCUAAUAUCAGAAAAUUCAUGAGUAAAAAAACAUAUAUCUGCACUACAUACAUGUGAAUUGCAUUGUACGCUAAAUUUUCGACAUAUUUUAUUACAUAAGAUGCCCUAUUAUAAAUAUUCAGAAAUAUAGGGACAUUUUUCAAACAUGUAUAUGAAAUGUUGUAUUUCUUCUUUAAUGUCCUACAAUACUAAUAUGCAAAUAUAUUUCGCAUGACUGGAUAGCACAAAUCUAAUUGUGUUAUUAAUUGUUUAUUUGAAACAAUAAAAUCCCAUCGUAACGGGGCCCUUCAGCCAUUUCACGGCCAUUUGUUUUAAUGACUGAACUAAUAACACUGUGACGUCAUUUAGUCAUUAAAUAAUUAUGAAACGGACGUAUACUUUCUAACAAUGUAGUUUUUAACACAUUACAUUCUCAUCUCAUUUUCAUCAAACUUAAACGAUCUAAAAGAAUAAAGAAUGAAUUUUGUCAACCUAAACAUAACUUGUUAAAGCAAAGAAAGACAUGUUUAUAUUUAUUUAUGGAAAGAAGUAAUAGAAAAUUACACAGACAAUGGCCAAUAACAUAAUUAUUGGCAUAUUGUUUGUAUUUGCUGCUGUAAGAUUGAAUAUUAUGGUACAAUGCUUGGAUAAAUGCGACUGUCCAAUAAAACAUCCCCAGCAACACUUCUGUGAGGCUGACUUUGUGAUACUUGCAGUAUGUGACAGGAAGAAGACAAUGUUCUUGUCAGCCACGGAGAAACGUAUUACUUACUCCAUCAAAACCGAAACCAUUUUCAAAGGAAAAGAUAUGUUGACUACUACACAACCGGAAGAAUUGACAACUAUAUCAAAUAGCACUGCGGGCUGUGAGACAGCGGUUAUAUUAGAGACUGGACAGAAAUACGUCAUUACAGGCAGAGUUGAUGGUGACAAAGCGGUUCUAUCAACAUGUUCGUGGAGUCAGAUGUGGAGGCAUACAAGUAGAAGACAGAAAAGAAAAUUAGAUUGGAAUACUUAUGGAGAAAAUUGUGCAUGUGUGGAUUCGAUCCAACCUGUUACCAUUGCUCCAUAUCUGGCAGAAGUGACUUCAUUUAUCUACAAAAACGGGAAUCAUCGCACGUGUUCAAACACCACAGCCACAUGCCCAUGGAUACUAACCAACGAUUCAAAUGUGACUAUAGGAAAUACACUACAAAACUGUUAUGCAAAACAUUCAGUAUGUCGGCCCAGACGAGGAGUAUGUCGAUGGUCGGUCAACGUUGGUUGGGCAGAGUGUAUGCAAGAAUCAUUACCGUGUCUUGUCUGAGAACAAUUAAUCUAACUGGCUCCAUUGAAUGAUUAUUACAGCACGCAAUUCUGUUUUUAAUUUUGCAGCAUCAGUUUAAGAUAUUAUAUGUUAUAGGUAAAAGAUGCGUUGAUUGUUUUCAUAAUAAAAAUUUAUGAUGUGUAAAUAA